GUUGUCCCAUAAAGCCCAACAAAUUAUAAAAGAAAAAAAAAUUUUCUGAAGAAACUUAACUGGAAUUAGCUUUCUUGUUUCCUUUUUGUUGUAUGAUAAUGCUCUUUAGACUCCGUCAUAAAAAUUAAUCCUUACACAUGUCCGAUUUUCUUUUUGCUGUUGGAUUUAUGCUUUGUCGUAUGACAUCAAGAUUUUAAAAUUACCACUUGACUCCAUUUGAUCAUCUAUACAUCAGGUGAAGCUACUCUAUCAUGGUGAAUGCCACCAAAGGAUUCUUCAUCUUCUGUGACAUACCAAUGGCUCAAUUCAUUAUCCAUAUGAAUGUUCACUGCCAGCAAAACCAGAAAUUCAUAAUACGCGUCCUAGAUAAUACUCACUUAUUUGUGCAACCUCACGCGGCUGAGAUGAUAAGAAGUGCCAUGUCCGAGUUCAAAGAAGCGAACACUUACAAGAAACCUCCUUAAUGUAACUAAU